AUGACUCUCGACUCUCAUGGCGUCCUUGCAGCGGUGACGAUCGCAAUGUAUGUUCCCUUCCUGCUUGUUUCCCUCAAGAUAGUGUCCAAGUAUGGCAUGGCCCGAGGUGAUGGGUGGGUCUUGUUGUUGGUAUUCUGCUUCAUCCGAGUAUUGGGUGGUGCUUUGCUUGUUGCAGCUGAAGAAGUCACUCCCGUGAACACUUCGCUAUACAUCGGCGGUUAUGCUCUAGAAGCAUCUGGCCUAUCACCACUGUUGCUUUGCACGCUGGGUCUAUUGCACUCAAUAUUCCAAACUCCUGAUGGAUUCCCGAGAUAUCAAAGACAAUUCCGCCUUCUUCAACUCCUCGGCAUGGUCGCUCUCAUCCUUACCAUUAUCGGUAUCUCCGAUGAGACAAGUUCUAGCUCGGGCUCAAGCUCGAGUGGGAACACUAUGCGCAGGGCCGGUGUCAUCCUCUUUGCUGCCCUAUACAUUAUCCUUGUCGGCAUUUGCCUGCACCAAUGGACCCAAAUCCGCUCUGUCAUGAGAUACCGCAAGCAGCUCUUGAAGGCCAUCUCCGUCGCACUUCCCUUCCUUGCCAUUCGGACGAUCUACAGCAUCCUGUCCACGUUCUCUUCGAGCACGUUUUCGGUAACCUCAACCUCAAGCACCCAAGCCAACACUAGCGACCUUGCAAAAUUCAACCUCUUUACGGGCGAAUGGCAGAUCUACCUCGUAAUGGACAUGCUCAUGGAGUAUGCCGUUGUGAUCAUCUAUUCUGUUGCUGCCCUCAUGCUACCCCUCAACAACGAUUACAAGUCUCCGGAUUCGUAUCAAGAUCAGUACCCAUUGAGUGGGCCUCAGUAUUGA